AUGGACCACUUCCAGGCUGACGACCCCAACGACCCCGGGUGCUCCACGGCAUCCAUCGGACUUCCCGGCUGGCCCACGAUCGGCAACAGCCAGUACGCGGUCUGGUUGGACUCAUCGCCCAUCGACGAAGGCUGCCAGCUCAUCUUCUACAACCCGCCGCCUCCUGGCGACCAGAGCGGCUUCAAGGCCCCUGCUUCCAGCCAGGAUUUUGGACAGAUCCACUGCUGCGGCGAUGAAUGCGCCAAGUUCAUCGUCACCAAGCGCGAGGAAGAGCCCGCCUCCGCCCCAGCCCCAGCCGUCCGCACUCUCCCGGCGGCAUCCGACAUCACGCAAAUCAAACGUGCACCCCUCAUGGGACACAACGUCCCCGUAAAGCGCAACACAGACUGCACCUUCCCCGCCACGGACGGCAAGACCCAAACGCGCUACGGUGCACAGGUCAAAGUUGGCGCACAGGUCGACUGCCCCACUGACAGCAAGCUUGGUUGCCCGAUGACAGGCGAGUACACGGCCGGCACCACGGUGGGCACGACCGACAAGCAGACGACAUCCGUGUCGGGCGGUGGGGGUUUCUUCGGGUUUUUGGCCGCUGUCGGCCACGACUGGUCGCACAGCAACAACUGGCAGAGUCAGACGUCGUUUAGCAAGUCGUACUCGCUCACUAUCGAUGCCGGCGAUAGCGGGUACUUCACCUUCAUGCCCAAGCUUACUUGUGCUACCGGCUCGUUCUCCGGCGAUCAGUGCGAGAAGGCCCGGUUGGUUGGCGAUGAUCUUGGGUGUAUUCCUGCGCUGAUUGCUGGGGAUGAUGGACGUGGUGAGCCGGAUGGGAUUUUGAAUACUGUUUUGGUAAACUAGAUUGGACUUGGCAACUGGCGUGUAGUAGAAACUGAAUUACGACGUUGAGAGCAUGGAGUUUGGGUUUAGAGUCCGUCGAGUGUCUUAGAGUUGCAGGAAUAGGAGAUUUGAUUCUUUGAGUAGCUGGGUUGAAGUUUUAAAUUGUAUUUUUAUUUAACUUACUGGUUCAGUUGUUGGGC